AUGAUGCCUAUGAGCGACGGUAUGUCCGACACGACCCGGGCAAUUUAUCGGAGGAGCCCUCUCCAUUUGACAAAGGGCUCCUGGCUUGAUGUGCCAGAGAGUGUGUCAGUUACGUCAGCUGCUCAACGAGCUGACAUCAACCGUGCUGUGCAUCUUAUCAAGGGAAAGGUGUUUGACGCACCUCGAGGUGCCAGUCGGUCCUGCAGCGAUUUCUCUUUGAGGUGGCAGGACAGUUCAGACCUCGGCCUCCCUCCGAGUUCCGGUAGCCAAGUCGAAGCUGGCGCCUCAGAUCUGAGCGUCGGUCGCAGUGCCGUCUGCCUGGCACGAGCCCUGUCGUGGCCAUUCUCCUCCCACCUUUUUGAAGCAGGGCUCAGCCAGCAGCCAGACGCGAUGGCGCUGCAAGCGAUUGCUGGGACCGCCAGGCCCAGCCGGCUCUUGGAGUCGCAUCAGGGCUCCCGCUCCGCCCGGGCCCAGGUUCACCGACCUCCAAGCACCGCAACUGUGGCGGCCGUGACGGCCACUAGACGCUACGUUGUCGCUGCAUCUGCCGGCCUGGCCAUGUCUCGGAGACGCUUAGAAAACUCGAGAUCCACCGUUGCUCGACGAGCCCAGGAGCUAAGAAGGGACGGCUCGCCAAACCGAGAAGUGCUCCUCGAGGACAUCCUGACCUUCAGCAGCAUCUUCAUGGUUGUUUGGGUCUUCGUUUUCCCUGGGAGCGCAUGGGUGGGGUCGUCCGCCCAGUACGACGGAUGGCUGCGAAACAUCUUCGAAAUGUUCUUCUCUGACUUGGGUCCUUCAUCUCUGCUCCUGAAGUACAACCGCUUUGGCUCGCUUCUCGAAUGGAUGCAUGCGGUGCCCGGGGCGGUUUGGUGUCUCCUAGCCCCUCUGCAACUGGUGCCGGAGUGCCGGGCUUGGCUAGGCGAGAAGCACGAAGAUGCUGGCAGGCUCAUGUUGAGUGCAGCUGCCGUUCUCAUGGUGGGCUUCUUGCUGAUUGAUGCCAACCACCUGACAGCUGACAGAGUGGACUUUGCCACGGGCGGAAGUCUUGCCGAUGCAGCAGAUGCUUGGAGCACGAGUGUUGCCGCUUGGCUGCCUCCCUUUAAUCAGGGGGGCAUGUAUGUCAUUGCAGCGUGGUUUGUGUACACCGGCAUUCAGACCUUCCGAACUGGCACUGCCCAUGCAGCUGAUCACGGAAGCUGGGCAUUAAGGCACGCUGCCGCGGGCCUGUGGGUAGCAGCCCAGCGGCCAAUGUUUGCCGCCGUGCGCGUGGCGCAGGGCUUGCUGGGCUUUGGUGGAUCCUUAGCGGAGGCCGAUGCCUUCUACUGCUCGGCGUAUGUGGUCACGGCCGCUUACAUUGCCUUUGCAGAGGUUGCCAUCCGUGGCAGAACGAAUUCGACUGCUGCAGCGCGCUCCGAAAGAGAAAAUGAUGUGACAAGACUCGUCAUGCUAGUUUGGACAACGGCCGGUCGCGACUGCGUCCGGGAAAGCCUUUCAAGCGCAGAGGGGGGUGGGAAGAUGUCUCGGAGGCGCUUCAGCCGAAAUGGAGCUUCGAGUUUGGUGCUCAGCACAACUGAAAGGAUGGACAUGGCUCAGCGACUCAGCUUCCGAAAGGAAGGGCUCCUCGGACGAUCCUGUGCUGGAAAGCCGCCAUCCAUGCCUGCUUCGCACGGAGAUGUCCCGGACGACCUCCAGGUCGGACGCAACGAAGUUCUCUGCUCCGUGGACUGGAUAUAUGUCAGGUGCAGCUGCUGA